CGCGCGCGCGCGCGCGCCGCCGCGGUGGCUGCGGGCCCCUGACUCCUCGACCUUACCCUCCCGCAGUCAACGCCGCGCCUGGCGCGGGGUGGGGAACAUGGGCGCCUCGGCCUCCAGGGGUCGGCCCGCCCGGGUCCCCGCGCCGGAGCCCGAACCCGAGGAGGCGCUGGACCUGAGCCAACUGCCGCCCGAGCUGCUCCUGGUGGUGCUGAGCCACGUGCCCCCACGCACGCUGCUGGGGUGCUGCCGCCGGGUGUGUCGGGGCUGGCGCGCCCUGGUGGACGGCCAGGCCCUGUGGCUGCUCAUCCUGGCCCGGGACCACGGCGCCCUGCUGCCGCUCGCCCGCAGCUGCCUGCCCCCCGCCCGCGACGGCCGGCCCUGCCUCCUGGGCCGCUUCUGCGAGCGCCGACCGAUCGGACGCAACCUCAUCCGCAAUCCCUGCGGCCAGGAAGGCCUCCGGAAAUGGAUGGUGCAGCACGGUGGGGACGGCUGGGUGGUGGAGGUAAACAGGUCAACGGUGCCUGGGGCCCCCUCGCAGACCUGCUUCGUGUCUUCCUUCAGCUGGUGUCGGAAGAAGCAGGUCUUGGACCUGGAGGAGGAGGGCUUAUGGCCAGAGCUGCUAGAUAGUGGCAAGAUUGAGAUUUGUGUCUCCGACUGGUGGGGAGCCCGACACGACAGUGGCUGUAUGUACCGACUCCUUGUCCAACUUCUAGAUGCCAACCAGACGGUCCUGGAUAAAUUCUCUGCUAUGCCCGUUCCCAUCCAGCAGUGGAACAACAACGUCUGCUUUCAGGUCACCCACGUGUUCUCUGACAUCAAGAUAGGCGUCCGCUUUGUGUCCUUCGAACAUUGGGGCCAGGACACGCAGUUCUGGGCGGGUCACUAUGGAGCUCGUGUGACCAACUCCAGCGUGGUCGUGCGGGCCCGUCUGUCUUAGUCGAGCGCUAUCCUUGCAAAACAACCUGACCUAUGCCUUCCAGAACCUGGGACCGUUGGCCAGGCCUUCUCAUGAACCAAGGUCAUGUACCUCCUGGCAUCCUGGAUACUCCAGAAUCCAUUCAAGGGUCCUGCUGGGCCCCCUCUUCAGGGUCUGGAAACUACUAGAAGGAAGAACGUUCCUCCAUCACAUCUACCUACUGCUGUUGUAGGGCAGGGGGGCGACACAGGUGAGCACCCAGGAAUGCUGGUCCUGGAGAGGGCUCUUCACCCUCACCCCGGAGGUCCUCUGAUUCAACCCCAGCCCCCCUCUACCCUUGUCUCCUCUUGUUUCUGCUUCGGGGGUUUCAUUGGUCCCUUUUGGGCACCCCCCUCAUCUCUGAAGUAGAAUCUCGUCCUUGUGGCUGGGAAGAUUCCAGCCACCUUGGGUGGCAAACUUCACCUCCCGAAGCUUCGGGGCUGGGACCGGAUCUCGCAGUUGAAAGUCAACUAGCUCAAAAAACGUUUGGAGAUCCUCAAGGACCCCUGGGAUUGUGUGGUGUAUAAAAUUAUUUUUUACUUUGAAACGUUUCGCGAACGUUGGGAGAAUAAUAUAUCCGCAACGGCUACCUUGCUGGCCAUAUGUAAUAAAUUUAUUAUUUUGCCAAAAGUA